AGGCUGACUCAGAGGGCGAGCUGGUGGACGUGACCACCACUCGCGACGCUGACCAGAAGUACUACUCCGACUUGGUGGCCACGUGCGAGACAAAGGCGACCUCCUUCGAGUCGCGGCAGACGCUGCGAGCGGAGGAGCUGGAGGCCAUCCAGAAGGCUAUUGAGAUCAUCUCCAGCGAGGCCGUCACGGGCAACGCGGAGAAGCACCUGGCUGCGACAGACGAGGAGCUGGGGAAGGCCCCGGCGCUGGCGACGCUGCGCACGAGCACCAGCAGCGAGAACCAGGGGCGCGUGGCGGAGUACCUGCGGGAGCAGGCGCAGAGGCUCGGCAGCCGCGUGCUCGCCGAGGUUGCGACGCACGUGGAGUCGGACCCCUUCAGGAAAGUUAAGAAAAUGAUCAAGGACUUGAUCACGAGGUUGCUUGAAGAGGCGAACGAGGAGGCCGAGCACAAGGGGUGGUGCGACACGGAGCUCUCCACGAACGAGCAGACGCGCAAGGCGAAGACCCAGGCCGUGGAGACCCUGCACGCCGAGAUCGACCAGCUCGAGACGUCGGUCGCCAAGAUCACGCAGGACCUCGCCGAGCUCGCGGAGGCGAUCGCCGAGCUGCAGAAGGCCAUGGCCGAGGCGACGGAGCUGCGCGCCAAGGAGAAGGAGAAGAACGCGCAGACGAUCAAGGACGCGCAGGAGGCCCAGACGGCGGUUGCGCAGGCGCUCGUGGUGCUCAAGGAGUUCUACGCCCGAGCCGCCGAGGCCACCGCCCUGGUGCAGCAGCCGCAGCCGGAGGCACCACCCAUCUUCGACGAGCCCUACAGGGGCAUGGGCGGCGAGUCCGGCGGAGUCAUCGGUAUGUUGGAGGUCAUCGAGUCCGACUUCGCGCGGCUCGAGGGCGACACCUCGGCCGCCGAGACGGCCGCGCAGCAGGAGUACGACUCAUUCAUGAGCGACUCCAAGGUCGACCUUGCGGCCAAGGAGACGGACACAAAGCACCUCAGCGCCAAGGUGAAGAACGAGAAGCAGGCCCUCGUCGUGAAGAAGGCCGACCUGGAGGGCACCCAGAAGGAGCUCAACGCCGCCCUGGACUAUUACGACAAGCUCAAGCCCUCCUGCGUCGACGCUGGCGUCAGCUACGACCAGCGCGUCUCCCGGCGCAAGGAGGAGAUCGAGUCGCUGCAAUUCGCCCUCAGGAUCCUCAACGGGGAGGACAUAUGAGGCGACGCGGCGGCCACUGCGUAGCGCCUGGACCACGCGCGCGCUCGCGCGCCGCGGACAAAAGUAG